AUGACACUUCUACGUUUAGCUUUGUUGGGUGUUUUAUUUGUGGUGAUCACAAAUUUGCCCGAAUCGAAGGCCGCAACCACUAAUUCAACUGCAACGACGACAACAACUACAACUACAACAACAGCUGCAACUACCACUACAACAACAGUUGCUUCAAGUAGUAAUAGUAAUGCCGCUGCAAGACGGCCCAAACCACUAAUUCAACUUCAACGACGAACUCAACAACAACAUCAACAACGACAACAACAGCUUCAACUACCACUACAACAGCAGUUGCUUCAAGUAGUAAUAGUAAUGCCGCCGCAAGACGUAGAAGACGUGCCGCAAGGAGAAGAAGAAGACUAG